AUGCAAAGGCAUGAAAGUGGCAACACUGAAUCUAAUGUAGUACAUCCAGCUGAAUUGAUUGUUUACUCCCUACUAUCAAACGAUUUAGAUGGAAUAUAUCAAUCGAUUAAUGAUUUGAGAGAAUCACAAGCACUCCUUAUUCUUAUGCUAAGGAAAAUUAAGAAUUCACUUAAGGAAGAGACACAGUUGCUCUACGAUAAAAGUAAUUGGAAAGAUGAUAAUGAAAGGUUGGAUAGUUUGAGAAAACGCGUAGAUUCCUUGAAAUCAAGGUUUCAAAGCCUUAAAUUGAGAAGUGAUAAACUUGAACAAAGGGAAUAA